UUUUUUAUGUCCUCUAGGCACGUUUUUCAUACAUGCGGAUGAAGUAUCUCUUUAUCUCCUGGUUAGUAGUUUUUAUUGGCAGCUGGAUUAUGUAUGUUCAGUAUUCCACCUACACGGAGCUAUGCAGAGGACAUGACUGUAGGAAAAUAAUAUGUGAUAAAUACAAGACUGGAGUUAUUGAUGGGUCAGCAUGUAGCAGUCUGUGUGCAAAAGAAUCAUUGUAUUUUGGAAAGUGUUUGUCAACAAAGCCUAAUAACCAGAUGUAUUUAGGAAUCUGGGGAAAUCUGCAAGGUGUUAUAAAAUGCCAGAUGGAAGAAGCUACUCAGCUUGAUUUUGGUACUGAUCCAGAACCAAGAAAGGAAAUAGUCCUAUUUGAUAAACCAACCAGAGGAACCACUGUUCAGAAAUUCAAAGAAAUGGUAUACGGUCUUUUUAAAGCAAAAUUGGGUGAACAAGGAAACCUUUCAGACCUGGUUAAUCUCAUCCUGUCUUUUGCUGAUGGAAACAAGGAUGGCAGAGUUUCUCUGCCCGAGGCAAAAUCUGCCUGGGCACUUCUGCAGCUAGAGGAGUUUCUAUUAAUGGUCAUCCUGCAGGAUAAAGAACACACUCCCAAACUGAUGGGUUUCUGUGGGGAUCUCUACGUGAUGGAAAGAGUUGAAUAUACCUCCCUCUAUGGAAUUACCCUUCCAUGGAUCGUAGAACUUUUCAUUCCCUCUGGCUUCAGAAGAAGCAUGGACCAGUGGUUUACUCCAUCAUGGCCAAGAAAGGCAAAGAUAGCUAUAGGGCUUUUAGAAUUUGUGGAAGAUAUUUUCCAUGGACCUUAUGGGAAUUUUCUUAUGUGUGAUACAAGUGCCAAAAAUUUGGGAUAUAAUGACAAAUAUGAUUUGAAAAUGAUGGACAUGAGAAAAAUUGUGCCAGAAAUGAAUCUCAAAGAAAUAAUUAAAGAUCGUCAGUGUAACUCAGACUUGGACUGUGUUUAUGGUACAGACUGUAGAACUCUGUGUGACCAAAGUAAAAUGAGGUGUACCACAGAAGUCAUUCAGCCAAACCUGGCCAAAGUCUGUCAGUUGCUGAAAGACUAUCUGCUGCGAGGUGCUCCUUCGGAUAUCCAGGAGGAACUAGAAAAACAACUGUACCUGUGCAUUGCCCUUAAGGUCACAGCAAGCCAGAUGGAAAUGGAGCAUUCUUUACUACUCAAUAAUUUAAAAACUUUACUGUGGAAAAAAAUUUCCCAUACAAAUGACUCUUAGUUUUCCUGCCCACAAGAGGUAAUAUUGAUGCUGCUAGAGGUGGCCUGCCACAUUUGCUAACAAAUGUCUGCAGCAUUUUUUUAAAGACACUUUUCUUUGGAUUUCACUAAUGCCUCUAACUCCUGUCUUCAGUCAGUGCCCUGUCACAGGGCUUCUUGUUCACAGGACCAUCCUACUGAUCUGGUAGAGGCCAAGAGCACCUUCCGGUUCUCCAGUGCUGUGUUAUGGACAUAGAAAGAACUCUGCAUGCUUGACUGUUCUGUGCACUUGGUCAGAUCUUGAACAGGAUCAAAGUAUUCACUGUGCCACCACAUUGACUAACAUAACAUCUUACAGUUCUGUGAAAAUCAUCACUAACUUGGGACAUACUAAAACUAUCACAAGUAAUUUUAUUAAGACCCAUUACUACUGCAAAUGAUGUGGCUGCAUCUAAGCUGCUAUUGUGGAUGAACUGAACUGAGGUUGAGGUUUACUAAUACCUUGGCAUGGCAGAAUUUGCACAUUAGUAGAUAUUUUUUUUAAAUGUCUGGAAAAUUAAAAGUUUUAUUCCAGAACCUCCAGGUUUUAAUGAGACUUGUGGUUAGAUUCUGUUUACACCUUGUUACCUCAUGCUUACAUCUUGAAUGUUUAAAUAGUUUAAAACUUUUAAUUAAAAAGUCCUGGUAUCGUGCACCAUGUUGGGAGCCAAAAUUUUUAAAAUACUAGUUCUUAAAAGGAUGUAGAUACUCUAGCAGCAAUACAGGUAUGUUUCAAAAGCAGACAGUUGUGCUUCAAUCAACACUUUGAACCCAGGACAAGCUGCAGAAGAUCUUGCAAAUUUGGGUUUGUGGAUAACCUAUUUCAUAAUGAAAAUGGAAGAUUAUUAACUUUUUAAUACUGAUAGUGGAAUGUUAAGAAACUUCCAUAUGAGGAAUCCACUGUAUAACAAACUACAGCUCUGGAGAUCGAUUCUUUAGUAUCAAUGUAAAUUGAGCUACAGUCUUGUAUUUAAGUCUUCAUCAAUUGCAGCAACUAUCUAAGCCAGAGCUUGAGCGGAAUUGUAGGACAGAGGUUGAAUUGUUCAAGAUCCUAUUGUUUAAAACUAAAUGGUGACCCAAUGGUGAUAACAACAGCUAGGAACUAGGUAGACUGUAAUGCUAGAGAACUUCCUGCAGCCUGUUACUGCUCUUUCCUAGGAGGGAAGGAGUCACUAAGUUUCAAGUCAUGAGUAAAUAAGCACUUCCUACCUGGCAUUCCACAGGGCAUGAUCACUGUAUAACUUGUAAAUCUGCAGAUUUACGUCUGUCUCACAGUGGUGUAGAACUGGAUGUGCAUAAAGUACUGUACUAUGCUCAGUUAUCUGUUAAUGUUUAGUUUAUAAAUGCUUUAGGUAUGAAGUACUUAAAUCCUUGGUGAUUUUUUAUGAGUCAGUCAUCCAUAUUCCUCUAGACAUCUGACCCCCUUAACUCAUUUUUAACAUAGGUAAGAAGAACAAGCUUUACAUAUAUGAAAAGGUUUCCCUUUUUACUUUGGCUGUUCUGUAUUAAAUGCAUUCCUUAAUUAAGUGGGGGGAAAAAAUCAACAUC